CCAAGAUCUUACCUUAUAACACCCGGUAUAAAACACCUAUACGCUCAAUGCCACAUUGCGGUAGUUACCAAAUCGCAAUCAUAUUUUGUUGGUAUUAAUGGUAAAAUAGAACAUGAACAGACCAAUUCCAAAGAACCGCUACGAAAGCGACUAGGGCAUAUAUUUUAUGCAAAAAGCAACAAGACUAACAACCUUCAAAGAAGAGGACCACCACAAGAGACUUUCUGUCGGCGCUACGCAACAUUGGUUUCAAAAAUGAAGAAAGAGAAGCAAAAGAACGCACCUGCUGCAACCGGCAAAAAAGAAUUGAAUCCUUUGCCAACGUAUAUUGAAGAGCGUAAUGCGCUCUGGGAAAAAUUGAAGAUCGAGCGUGAGGCUGAGUUGGCUGCCAAAACCCGUACACCUAUUAAGGUAACAUUGCCGGAUGGCAAGCAAGUUGACGCUACUUCAUGGGAGACCACACCUUACGAUGUUGCGAAGGGUAUUAGCCAAGGUCUGGCUGAUAAUACCGUUGUAGCGAAAGUGAAUGGUGCAGUUUGGGAUUUGGAUCGUGUACUUGAGCAGGAUUGCAAAUUGCAGUUGCUUAAAUUUGAGGAUCCUGAGGCACAAGCUGUUUUUUGGCAUAGUUCAGCGCACAUCAUGGGUGAAGCCAUGGAACGCAUAUACGGUGGGCAUUUAUGCUAUGGACCACCAAUUGAUAAUGGUUUUUAUUAUGAUAUGCAUUUGGAUGGAGACGGCAUUUCUACCAAUGAUUAUGCUAGCAUGGAAGGACUGGUAAAGCAGAUUGUUAAAGAAAAACAACCAUUCGAACGGUUGGAACUGAAAAAAGCCGAUUUAUUGGAAAUGUUUAAGUACAAUGAAUUCAAAGUGCGCAUUUUAAAGGAGAAAGUCAAUACGGAGACAACCACUGUGUACAAGUGUGGUUCUCUUAUUGAUCUGUGCCGAGGUCCUCAUGUCCGUCAUACUGGCAAAGUAAAAGCUCUGAAAAUUACGAAAAACUCUUCUACUUAUUGGGAAGGCAAAGCUGACGCUGAAACAUUGCAAAGAGUUUAUGGCAUUUCAUUCCCUGAUCCAAAACAAUUGAAGGAAUGGGAAAAGAUACAAGAAGAAGCAGCUAAACGUGAUCAUCGUAAAAUUGGUCGAGAACAGGAGUUGUUUUUCUUCCACGAAUUAUCACCAGGCUCGUGUUUCUUCCAACCGCGUGGUGCUCACAUUUAUAACACUUUGAUGAACUUUAUAAAAUCGGAAUAUAGAAAACGUGGUUUCCAAGAAGUCAUUACGCCAAAUGUAUAUAACUCAAAACUGUGGAUGACUUCGGGCCAUUGGCAACAUUAUGCUGAAAAUAUGUUCUCAUUCGAAGUGGAGAAAGAGAAGUUUGCACUUAAACCUAUGAACUGUCCCGGACAUUGCCUAGUUUUCGACAACCGCAAUCGAUCGUGGCGGGAACUACCUCUACGUAUGGCUGAUUUCGGAGUAUUGCAUCGAAACGAACUCUCUGGUGCACUUACUGGUCUUACACGUGUACGGCGUUUCCAACAAGACGAUGCGCAUAUUUUUUGCGCACCUGAACAGAUAAAGAACGAAAUGAAGGGAUGUUUGGAUUUCUUACGACACGUAUACACUAUAUUUGGAUUCUCAUUUAAUCUCGUUUUAUCGACACGUCCCGAAAAGUAUCUCGGCGAGUUGGAGCAAUGGAAUGCUGCUGAGAAGGCACUCGCCGAAUCAUUGGAUGAAUUCGGACUACCUUGGAAAGAGAAUCCUGGUGAUGGCGCUUUCUACGGACCGAAAAUUGAUAUUACCAUUAUGGAUGCACUGAAGCGGGCUCAUCAAUGUGCCACAAUACAAUUGGAUUUCCAGUUGCCACAGCGUUUUAAUUUAAAUUACAUCGCCGAUGAUGGCGAAAAGAAACGACCGGUCAUAAUCCACCGUGCUAUUCUCGGUUCAGUUGAGCGUAUGAUUGCCAUUCUUACAGAAAACUAUGCCGGAAAAUGGCCGUUCUGGUUGUCGCCACGUCAAGUGAUGGUUGUGCCCGUCGGUCCGCAAUUCGAUGAGUAUGCGCAGUCUGUACGUGACCAAUUGCAUUCAGCAGGAUUUAUGGCAGAAGCUGAUACGGACGCUGGUGAUACCUUGAAUAAGAAAAUACGUAAUGCUCAGUUGGCGCAAUUCAAUUUCAUACUGGUGGUGGGCGAGAAGGAACGUUCCUCUGACACGGUGAAUGUGCGUACACGCGACAACAAGGUGCAUGGGGAAGUCUCAAUCACCGAUCUGAUAACCAAGCUGACCAAGAUACGUGACGAAUUCAUUACAAAUGAAGAUAGCUUCUAAAGUUUAUGAGACGCAAAAGCACCAAUAAUUUAUUUCCUCCUCUUCGUAUUAUCUAUGCAAAUUAUAAUUAGAAGCUUUAAAAAUGUUUGCAAAUUCAAAUAACUAUUACACAUAAAACCUCGAACGCAUAAAUAAUUUGAGUAACAUUUGUGAAAUCUACUUUAUCCAAUAAAACGUAUUUUAAAUGGGUCAGUAAA